GUAAUUGCCGGUCUAGCUAGUUUGAUUGAAUCAGGUGUUUCUGGUCCAUUCUUGAUUAUUUCUCCUUUGUCUCUAAUAUCUGUAUGGGCUGAUCAGUUAGCAACGUUUGCACCCAGACUUCCAUGCAUAGUUUAUUAUGGAGCAAUGAAGGAGCGUUUAGAACUUCAGAAGCAAAUCCGUAGACGUGUGCACGUACCAUCAGAUGGACCUGACACCAUUUCAGUCCCUAACCCCAUCUGUCCACAAUCUUCUGAAACAUCAUUAUCUUCAAGUAGUAAUACUGAUGUCACAUUAUCAAAUUCCGAGUCAGUUUUAGAAAACUCCAUUGGAUCACUUUCUAACAGUUCAUCUUCUCUCCAUAGUGACCCGUCGUUGCAAAAACACACACUAAACUAUGUUGUAAAUGAUUUGAAAACCAGUGAAUCAGAAAAUAUUUUUCUUGAUAACAUGGAUGAUGACACUUCAAAAGCACCACAAUUUCUUGAUGAUAAUAACGGUGAAAUAUUAACUAAGAAAGACAAAUUAUGCUUCACAACUAAAAUAAAUCCUCAAGAUGAACAUAUAAACUUGAGAUCACCAGUUGAUGAAAAAAUUUAUAAAAAUGAAUUACUCACGACAAUACAUAAUCCUCCUGUCGAUUAUGUAUUGUCGUGA